AUUUAUUUAUUUUUUUUGCUAGUAAGGAGAAAGGUCCUAUUGGACCGAAAUCUCUCACAGGUUCUUCCAACCCGAGUUAAUAGACUAGGCACUUUAAAAGUAGGGGGGAAGGGUAAGGAAAAUCCCCACCUUAAAGUGUCACUAAUGGGGUUUAAUCCGAAAACCUCUUAAUUGUGAGAUACAAACUUUAUCACUAAAUCAAGCUUAGCAUACAAACUUUGUCAUUAAACCAAACUUAGCUUGAUACCAAAACUUAUUUGUUAACUUGAGUUUUGUCCUCAUAAAAAAUAAUUCGCAAGCGUAGUAACUCAUUUUCACCCCUAUUCGAAGAACAUUACAUUUGCAAGCAAACACGAAACCUCGAGAAUAAAUGGCGAAAUUGCGGAAGCCAUGAAUUACUCCUACAACUCAAACUUCUUACGCUUGCUUUCCUACACAAAGCAGCUAACAUCCCACGUUAAUCAAGGUCGCCAUAACCAAGCACUCUCUCUCUUCCACCACAUUCACUCUGCACUGGCUCUUCCUCUUGACCCUUAUGUCUUCCCGCUCACUCUCAAAUCCUGCUCAGCCCUCCAUUGCCCACUUCUUGGGACCUCCAUUCAUGCCCACAUAACCAAAUCUUCUCUACUAUCAAACCCAUUUGUAGCUUCUGCUCUUGUUGAUUUUUAUGGGAAAUGUGUUUCCUUGGUUUCUGCACGCCAACUGUUCGACGAAAUUUCCCUGAGAAAUGAUGUUGUAUGGAAUGUAAUGAUUUCACUUUAUGCACAUUCUAAUAAUGUUUCUCUGGCUUUAGGGUUGUUUGAAUCUAUGGAUGUUGCUCCUAAUAUUUCGACGUUUAAUUCGAUUAUCGAUGGUUUGUCGAGGUUAGAUGAUGGGUGUUACAUGGCUCUUGCGUUUUACAGAAGAAUGCAGGAUUUUGGGUUGAGGGCGAAUUUUAUUACUGCAUUGGCUUUGCUUUCUGCUUGUGCUGGUGGUGGGGCUUUAAAGUUGAUUAGAGAGAUUCAUGGGCAUAGUUUGCGGAACAAUAUUGAUCCGAAUCCACAGCUUAGGAGUUGUCUUGUUGAAGCGUACGGGCGAUGUGGAUGUGCUGAUUAUGCUUAUUGCAUAUUCUGUAGUAUGAAGGAGAGAGAGCGAGACGUAGUGGCAUGGAGUAGCUUGAUCUCAGCUUAUGCAUUGCACGGCGAGGCAAGAAAAGCGUUGGACAUCUUUCAUGAAAUGGAAGACGCGAAAGUGAAGCCUGAUGGGAUUACUUUGUUGGGCGUACUGAAAGCUUGUAGUCAUGCAGGAUUGGCUGAUGAAGCAAAGGGUUACAUUUCAAGGAUGCAAGAGGUUCAUGGUGUGGAAAUAACCAGUGAUCAUUACUCUUGUUUGGUGGAUGUACUAAGUAGGGCAGGGAAAUUAUAUGAAGCUUACGACGUCUUGACCAAAAUGCCAGUUAAGGCAACUGCAAAAGCUUGGGGUGCGCUGUUAGGAGCUUGCAGAACUUAUGGAGAGGUGGACCUUGCAGAGGUUGCUGGAAGAGCAUUGUUUGGGAUAGAACCUAAUAAUGCUGCUAAUUAUGUGCUGUUAGCUAGAAUUUAUGCAAGCGCAGGAAGAUAUGAAGAAGCUAAUAACUUGAGAAUUGAAAUGAAAGAAAGACGAGUGAAGAUAGCACCAGGUAGCAGUUGGGUGUAGUUGGACAGGAACUAUUCCGUCCCUUAAGUUAAGCAGGAUACAAAAUGGAAACAAUGGAAAUUCAAUGGAUUCCCAAGUUGCCUGCAACUGGUAGUGUCUAUUGUGAUUCUACUAUAAUGCUUCCAAUCCUGUGUACUAAAAUUGGUCUGUCCUUGAGAAUGAGAGAAUAUUUUAACAAGAAUUGAGCAGCAAGGCCAGCAAUCCAGACCUCAGACGUAUAUCAUGGUAUAUGCCGGCUUAUCUUUCCUGAAUUUGAUCCGUUGAACAGAAACAUUUUCGGGUCUGAUAAUACGAAAAUAUAUAGUGAAUAUUCACUAGGACCAAAAUUGCUGUUGGACACCUCUUUGUUUUGCUUUUCACAUCACUAUUGUCAUUGCUCGUGCACUAAUCCUGUUGGUUUUUUGUAUAGACUUCAUUUUGUAGAUUAAUGGAUAUUAUUGGUGGAAGCGAUAAGAAAAUGAGCAAAAUAAGCGUGAACACAAAAGGAAAGAUAAGAAAAUGGUUGUAUGAUGUGUAUCCUGGUGAAGUGAUAAAUAGAGAUUUUGGAUUGAUAAAUUACUCCUCUCAAUCUUCUUUGCUUAAGUUUAAUUAUUAUCUCAAAACUAAUUAAAAUAAAGUUAUUAUAAAGCCAUAAGGGGUUUAUUUCUCACCUAUCAAUUUAUCAUGGCAAAGUUAUUAAUAA